AACAAAGUAAUUUAUAAAGAAAUAAUUAAAUUAAAAAAAGGUUUAGAAACUUAUUACAAUAAUGUUCUGUAGAGUUUGUUUUGAAAGAACCCAUGAUAAUAUGGACAUAUUUGGUGAAGGAAAUAAACAUUUGCAAAUUGCGGAAACUAUACAGAAACAUCUAGGAUUUAAGCCUCUUUUUGAUGAUACUAUCUCGAAAGUCGUUUGUGUAAAAUGUUGGCUUAAAAUAUUCGAAUUUCAUCAAUUUUUCAAAUCUGUGGAAUACGCUCAGAACAAUUAUAAUUUGCUGAAAUUGCAAGACGGUAACGUUGACAACGUAGAUGAGAAGGUACUUAAUGUCAAAGUUGAAUUGGACGAUCAAUUACAAGAACAAAUCAUAGAAGUUGAUUUUGAUAAUACAUCUGCAUUAGUUCGAAAGAAUGAACAAGAACCCAAUAAUCAAAAAAAUCCUUUAGAUGAAAUUGAAAUUAAUGAGACAGCUUAUUUUAGUGAUCCAGUAAAAGAUGAUGAAUCGUUUUCCAUUGAGGAUGCGCUGGAUGAAGCCCAAAAUGCUUUUAGUUCAUCUGACGAAGAGUUUCUAGCGGCUUUGAAAAAGAGAAACAAAAUUACAAAGAGAAAGAUAAAGCUGAAACCCGAUCGGCAAGUUACAAAAUCCAGUAAAGGGAUUAAAUCGACAAAGUGUGGAGUUAGACAGGAUACUGCGCACAUUGAAGCUCUUAUAAAAAAACACAUACCAAUGGUUUGCAGUCUGUGCAUAUUUGUUGGCCAGGUAUUCUCUGAUAUAGUUCAACAUUUUCGAAAAUCUCAUCCUAAACAAAAGCCGUUUGUCACCUGCUGUGAGCGCAAAUUUAGCAAACGUUGCUAUCUAACUCAGCAUGCAUUAAAACAUGAAAAUCCGGAUCAUUUUAAAUGUCACGAAUGCCAAAAAACCUUUUCUAAUGAUAGCGGUUUACGAGUUCAUACUUUAGCUUAUCAUGCGCCUGAAGAGCAAAGGCUUUAUGCGUGCGACGAAUGCCACCAAAGAUUUGCAACAAAACACCUGUUGGAAUUACAUAAAGCUUCACAUAUCCCACGUGAAGAGAGAUCGUAUUUUUGCGAUAAGUGUCCAACAAAAAAAGCCUUUGCUAGCGAAUACUUGCUUCAAAUUCAUAACAACAUGAGACAUAAAAGAGAAGCCAAUGUCUGCCACGUAUGCGCAAAGUCGAUACGUUGUAAGCGCUCAUUCGAAAAACAUGUACGUCUACAUUUUGAGGAUAGUGGGCCACGUGUUAAAUGUCCAUACCCGGACUGCGAAAGUUGGCUUAAAGAUGAAGAAAAUCUGAAGCAACAUCUCAAUCGUCACAAUCCUGAGGGUAAAAUUUAUAAAUGUCCCCAAUGUGAUAAAGUUUGCAAAAAUCGCAGAGCCUUGACUAGUCAUAAACUAUAUAGCCAUUCAAAUGAAAUAUUCCCCUGUGAUCAAUGCGGCAAAACAUUUAAAAAAGCUAUAACAUUGAAGGAGCAUAUGGCCCAGCAUACGGGAGAAACUCUAUAUAAAUGCCCUUUUUGUACAAGAACAUUCAAUUCGAACGCCAACAUGCACGCCCAUAAAAAGAAAAUGCAUCCAGUUGAAUGGGACGAAUGGCGCAAAUCAAAACGCGGCAGUUCUCAAUUAUUUAUUAACAAUAACAAUAGUAGUAAUUUAUUUGGAUAA